AUGGCCCAUGCCUGUUCGCCCUACUUUGCUCUCCCCUGCCCACGCCCUGGCUGCCUCGUCGCUACCCCUGGCGUGCUGGCUUGGGGGGCACCCUGGUCGUCCGCGUCGAAAGCCCAAGAAAAGGGAAGGGGGGAGAUCUGCUCCCUUGUCACUCUGGCAUGCAAUCAACGCUCGUAUAAGACAUUGGAAAGCCCCUUCCCUCGACGAAAGGAACAAAAUAUCAUUUCCUCAGUGCAAUCCAGCGAGUGUGUCCUACUAAUAUCUACCACUCCUCUCUUCCUCGCCGUCACCAAGCCAUCUUGA